GCACAUGGACUGAGGAUUGCCAGAAAUGCACUUGCCUAGACAGCGCUGUAAUUACAUGUCAGCGGAUCCCUUGUCCUAUGGUCAUACCACUAACAUGCAAUCAACCAGGAUAUCAGCUCAAGAGGGUUGAAAAUCCAGAUAAACCUUGCUGUAUCAUAAACCAGUGCGUGUGCAAUGUAAGUUUAUGCGGUCCACUACUAAGCUCAUGCUCAAGCGGUUAUAAGCCUAUUUUCUCACUGACUGGAUGCUGUGUGAAAGUUACUUGUGUUCCAGAGACUGACAUCUCAAUAACCACCUCUGUGGCCAGCCGUUCAAGUGGAGGAGUGUGCAUUAUUAACAAUUUACAGUACACGGAAGGACAAUCUGUUUAUGCCCCCGAUGACAAUUGCUCAUAUUAUAAGUGCAUGAUGUCAAAUGGACAACUUGUUACAGUUACAAUUUACGAGCUCUGCGAACAUUACAGCUCAAGUGACUGCAAUUAUGGUGAGGAGUAUGUGCCGCCUACCAACCAGUGCUGCGGAAAGUGUGUCCAAAAAUCCUGUGUUGUCAUUACAGCAAACGGAACUGCUAUACUUCUGAACGAAGGAAAAUCACUUUCUUCCCCUGAUGACAAAUGUACAACUUAUAAAUGUGUGAAGUCAAGCGGACAACUUGUUACAGUUACAGAAAAAGAGACCUGCCAAUAUAGAAGCUCAAAGGACUGUAAAUAUGGUGAGGAGUAUGUGCCACCUACGAACAAGUGUUGCGGACAGUGUGUCCAAAAAUCUUGUGUUUUUAUGACACCAAGCGGAGACCUUAAGCCUCUGAAGGAAGGAGAAUCUUUUACUUCCCCUGAUGACAAAUGUACAACUUAUAAAUGUGUGAAGUUAGGUGGACAACUUGUUACAGUUACAGAAAAAGAGACCUGCCAAUAUAGCAGCUCAAAGGACUGUAAAUAUGGUGAGGAGUAUGUGCCACCUACGAACAAGUGUUGCGGACAGUGUGUCCAAAAAUAUUGUGUUUUUAUGACACCAAGCGGAGACCUUAAGCCUCUGAAGGAAGGAGAAUCUUUUUCUUCCCCUGAUGACAAAUGUACAACUUAUAAAUGUGUGAAGUUAGGUGGACAACUUGUUACAGUUAUAGAAAAAGAGACCUGCCAAUAUAGAAGCUCAAAGGACUGUAAAUAUGGUGAGGAGUAUGUGCCACCUACCAACCAGUGCUGUGGACAGUGUGUCCAAAAAUCCUGUGUCGUUACUACAGCAAAUGGAACUGCUAUACUUCUGAACGUAGGAGAAUCACUUUCUUCCCCUGAUGACAAAUGUACAACUUAUAAAUGUGUGAAGUCAAGCGGACAACUUGUUACAGUUACAGAAAAAGAGACCUGCCAAUAUAGAAGCUCAAAGGACUGUAAAUAUGGUGAGGAGUAUGUGCCACCUACCAACCAGUGCUGCGGACAGUGUGUCCAAAAAUCCUGUGUCGUUACUACUACAAAUGGAACUGCUAUACUUCUGAACGAAGGAGAAUCACUUUCUUCCCCUGAUGACAAAUGUACAACUUAUAAAUGUGUGAAGUCAAGCGGACAACUUGUUACAGUUACAGAAAAAGAGACCUGCCAAUAUAGAAGCUCAAAGGACUGUAAAUAUGGUGAGGAGUAUGUGCCACCUACCAACCAGUGCUGCGGACAGUGUGUCCAAAAAUCCUGUGUCGUUACUACAACAAAUGGAACUGCUAUACUUCUGAACGAAGGAGAAUCACUUUCUUCCCCUGAUGACAAAUGUACAACUUAUAAAUGUGUGAAGUCAAGUGGACAACUUGUUACAGUUACAGAAAAAGAGACCUGCCAAUAUAGAAGCUCAAAGGACUGUAAAUAUGAUGAAGAGUAUGUGCCACCUACCAACCAGUGCUGUGGACAGUGUGUCAAAAAAUCAUGUGUUUUUAUGACUCCGAGCGGAGACCUUAAGCCUCUGAAUGAAGGAGAAUCUUUUUCAUCCCCGGGAGACAUCUGUACAACUUAUAAAUGUGUCAAGUCAGGUGGACAACUUUUUACAGUUACAGAAAAAGAGACCUGCCAAUAUAACAGCACAAGUGACUGUAAAUAUGGGGAGAAGUAUGUGCCACCUACCAACCAGUGCUGCGGGCAGUGUGUCCAAAAAUAUUGUGUUUUUACAACACAGGCCGGGGUUACAAAGCUUCUUAAUGAAAGUGAUGUAUUCAUGGAUGGACCGUGUACAGAAUAUCAGUGUGUUAAUAUAAAUAAUCAACUUAUGGCACUUUCUUCAACAAAGAUUUGCGAUUCUGACUGUGGUCCGGGUGAAACUUAUGAAAUUGCUGACAAAAAAGAAUGCUGUGGAAAAUGUGUCCAAAUAUCAUGUGUGUUUUUGACAUCUUUGAAUAAAACUACAACUUUACAGCCUGGACAAUCUUUGAUUGACCCCGUUAAUGUGUGUAUAGUCUAUACUUGUAUCAGUGUAAAUAAUCAGCUUUUUACUGAAGUGGAAAAGAAGACAUGUAAAUACGAGAGUGCUCAGGAUUGCCUGGUGGGCGAGGUGUAUAAAGCUCCCAGUAACGAGUGCUGUGGUGACUGUAUCCCGUCAGCAUGCAGCAUUGUAAUGUCAAAUGGAACAAGUACAGUUUUGAAGCCAGGGGAAUCGUUGCAAUCAUUGACAGACAAAUGUGUAUCUUAUGAUUGCUUGAAAUCCAAUGGAACGUUCCUGUCUGUUUUAAAUAAUAAAACGUGUGAAUCUGUGAAUUCAGAAGACUGUGAAACAGGCAUUAUUGAAGUGAACCCAGAUGGCUGUUGUUCAAAAUGCAAGGCUCCAAAGAAUUGCACACUUCAAGUUGGGCCUGUGUCUCUUCUUAGUGGGGAUUGUCAACUCAAUAUAACUAUUCCAUACUGUACUGGAUCCUGCUCAUAUCCUACAUCGAUGAUAACAAUGAAACCUGAAUGCAAGUGCUGCACAAGUCUCAGCUCAAGCGAAAAAACUGUGAAUGCAAAAUGUAACAAUGGAACUGAAAUUUCUUAUACAUAUGAUCACAUUGAGAAGUGUGGCUGCAGCACUCUUGCAUGUGUUUAACUCUGUACACUAGCAGCUACUUUUGUAUGUUCUUCCGACUGAAGGCUUAUGCGUACUAUAUUUCUAGCAUUCUCAUACAGUUCUGCUCAUCUUCAUAAAUUAAUAUUUUAAUUCUUAUCCAUUAACAUCAUUUACUAAAUUCAUAUCUUAUCAUUUCUAUAGAUUAAUUAGCAAAUAUAUAAAAAUGUGUACAUUCUACCAAGUCCUAUUACAUAUUCCUAACCUGAGCUGCCCUGCCAAACAUACUCGUUCAUGACUAUGUGACAAAAAGUGAGGUUAUGAUGUACAAUAAUUAUGCCUCAUCGCUAACUCAUGAUUUAAGUUCCAUCUCUUACAAUUGAAUUUUAAGUCCUAACAGGACAAUUGCAGUAUGCAUAAUAAUAUCUUGAGGAUAUAUCUGAUGAAGCAAUAGUGUUCAGGGUUUUAAAAAAAAAAAAAAAUGUUCACUGCAUAAAGAAAUCUAGGUUUCCAUUUGCAAAUGAAAGAACUAUGAGUUUGAAUUAAUAAAGUAAUUUAGAUACAAUAAAUGAAAUACUCUGGUAAACAAUUACAUUUUAAACUUAUAAAAGAAUGCCAAUAACCCCAUAAAAUAGAAAAUACUCAAUAUAUAAUCAUACGUCAUUUAUUGAAUAAUACAUAUAAUUAACAAUACAUCAUAUCAAAUUAUUGAGGCCAAAUAAUUACAUUUUACAGAAAAGUUGGUUGGACAUAUGUGAGCUACCUUGUUUACCUCCUUAUAUUUAUCAGCAAGGAGUAAAGAAACAGCAAAGAUAUAAAUUAUUUGACAUUAGUAUGAUAUCUGUAUAAUAUAUCAAACCCAAUACUAUAGGAGGUGCAGAUGUUGUGGUGGGAAGCCAAAAGAUAUCAAAAUAUGUUGUUGGAUAGAACCCUAAGCAUGUACCAGGGUUGGUACAUACUGAUAUGUACGGUGAUUUAUUUGUGAAUUGUGAUUUCUAAUUAAUACAGUAUCUCCCCCAUGUAAAUGGCUGUAUAUGGAGAAAAAAAAACCUCAACCACCAGGGCCCAGGAGAACCUAUGAUACAGACUGCUAGAUAUAUGAAUUUUAAGAACAUUCAUUUUGUUCAUUAUUGUGAUAAAUCAAUAUCUAACUUGCAUGCAAAUUAUUAUAAAAUUGAUGCUCAUCUGAUUUGAACUUUUGUUGAUUUUACAAUACUCAAUAAAACUGA